CGCUCACACUCACACUUUUAUCCGUUKGACCGACAAAAGUGGACUUGUUUCUGAGAGAGAGAGGGGGGAUUUUACACAAACAAUCAAUGCCCCUCCUAUUCUUUUCUAUUUUUUGAUCAAUACUCCUCUCUUCUAUUCCGCCAUAUUGUGUUCGUCUCCCGAAAUCAUCACUUUUUCUUUAUCCGGCCAGUUUUUACAGGCAUUUCACGAUUUCUCCGGCCGGCCUCCUGAGAUCCACUAUUGCAUGCGAGGCUGGAGGGCAUUUCUCUACUGGUGUUUCAAUGGAUUCGUCUCCAAGAAGCGGGAACUUGUCCGUGGAGUCGGUGACGGAUGAUCUUAGAAAGAGCUUGGGGAACGAUAAGGUUCGCCUGAAGCUUGAAGAUCUGAAUUGGGACCACUCGUUUGUGAGAGAGUUGCCCGAAGAUCUAAUUACUGACACCAUUCCACGAGAGGUAUUACAUGCUUGCUAUACAAAGGUAUCCCCUUCUGCUGAAGUGGAGAACCCCAAACUUGUUACAUGGUCAGAGUCAGUUGCUGAGUUAAUUGAUUUGGAUCCCAAAGAAUUUGAAAGGUCAGACUUCCCACUCGUAUUCUCAGGGGCAUCCCCCUUGGUGGGAGUGAUGCCAUAUGCUCAAUGCUAUGGUGGACACCAAUUUGGCAUGUGGGCUGGUCAGUUGGGUGAUGGUCGUGCUUUAACUCUUGGGGAGAUUCUGAAUUCUCGAUCUGAAAGGUGGGAACUACAGCUUAAAGGUGCUGGUAAGACUCCUUACAGCCGUUCUGAAGAUGGUCUUGCAGUUCUGCGCAGCAGCAUCAGGGAAUUCCUUUGUAGUGAAGCAAUGAACAGUUUAGGAAUUCCGACGACCCGUGCACUUUGUCUUGUUACAACAGGCAAAUAUGUCACCCGGGAUAUGUUUUAUGAUGGCAAUCCAAAGGAGGAACCUGGUGCAAUUGUUUGCAGAGUUGCUCAAUCUUUUCUUCGCUUUGGUUCAUUCCAAAUACAUGCCUCUAGAGGCAAAGAAGACUUGGAUAUUGUUAAAGCCUUGGCAGACUAUACUAUCCGCCACCACUUUCCUCAUAUUGAGAAGAUAAGCAAGACUGAGAGCUUAUCCUUCAACACAGGAGAGGAGGGAUCUUUGAUUGUGGAUUUGACAUCCAAUAAAUAUGCAGCUUGGGCAGUUGAGGUUGCUGAGCGUACUGCUUCCUUGGUUGCAAGAUGGCAGGGGGUUGGAUUCAUUCAUGGUGUGCUUGACACUGAUAACACGAGUGUUUUGGGUCUCACCAUUGAUUAUGGUCCCUAUGGAUUUUUGGAUGCUUUUGAUCCAAGUUACACUCCAAAUACCACCGACUUGCCAGGGAGAAGGUAUUGCUUUGGUAAUCAACCAGAUAUUUGCUUAUGGAAUAUUAAACAGUUCACUGCAACUCUUUCAGCUGCUCAGAUGAUCAAUGAUAAAGAGGCAAACUAUGCCAUGGAAAGAUAUGGAACUAAGUUUAUGGAUGAUUAUCAAUCUAUAAUGACACGGAAACUUGGUCUUCCAAAAUACAAUAAACAGUUGAUCAGUAAACUUCUCAACAACAUGGCAGUUGAUAAAGUUGACUAUACAAAUUUCUUCCGGCUGCUUUCCAAUAUCAAAGCGGACCCUAGCAUCUCAAAAGAUAAGCUCCUUGUUCCUCUUAAGGCUGCUUUACUAGAUAUAGGCACGGAGCGCAAAGAGGCAUGGAUCAGUUGGGUGCAGGUCUAUAUAGAAGAGCUUGUUGCUAGUGGUAUUCCUGAUGAUCAAAGGCAGGCUCAGAUGAACUCUAUCAACCCCAAAUUCAUUUUACGGAACUAUUUGUGCCAGAGUGCCAUAGAUGCGGCUGAACAAGGUGAUUAUGAAGAGGUUCGGAGGCUGCUUAAAGUCAUGGAACGACCAUAUGAUGAACAGCCAGGGAUGGAGAAAUAUGCACGCUUGCCCCCUGCAUGGGCCUAUCGGCCAGGUGUUGGCAUGCUUUCUUCUUCUUCCUGAGGAACAUGGGCUUCAGGAGAAAUUCCAGAAGAUGUGUAUAAUAGUUGCAUCCAGUUAUAGGCAAUAAUAAUAAUAGAAUACAAAAAGUUUUUUUUCCUCAAUAAAAUACAUUAAAUUGUACUCCUAUUUUUGGAGUUCUGCAUGUAGUUGUCAGUUAUACGUUACAGAUAAACAUGGGGUUUUUUGUGCCUUGUGACGAGAAAGGUGCUAGGUUGUUAUUUAUUUCUUCUUUAGUUCUGGAAAUCAUACUGAAAACGGAACUUAACAUUAAUUUUUCUAUCACCGGGCAAUGAGAUUGCCUUGUGUUUUAGUACUCUAAAGUUGAAUUAUCUGAAGUUGCAGAGGCAUGUAAUGGAACGCUGACUGAUUAAGUAGGUCUGUGGAUGGUUCUUUCGAAAC